AUUGCUAUUAGGAUGGCGUAUUUUUUGACGAGCUAAGUAAAAGGGAAUUGUCUAGGGUGAGUCCGCGCUGGCGUCGGCUGAGCUCCCGUCUGGCGUCGGGUAAUGGCGCGGGAUAGGGCGCCGGCUGCUCCUCGUUAACAUUCUCGGGAAGAGCUAGUGAUAUUUGGGCGGAAUCGUGACCAUCCGAGUUGACCACAGGCCAAGUUUCUAAUGCUGCUGAUUAAUCUUAUUAUCGCUCCUCUGUACGAGUCAAUACUAUGGAGAACAAGCAAGCUUCUGAAAGGAUCCUGUUAGAGCCUUACCACUAUCUGCUUCAGUUGCCAGGGCAGAUUCAGUCCAUGAAUUCCACUCAGAACUACAUCUCGUGGAGGCAGUUACCUUUUUAGGUAUGCCCAGUAAUUCGAAAAUGAAUUUUAAGAGGCAAACAAUUGAGAACCAAACUUUCGGAAGCCUUUAACCACUGGCUGAAUGUCCCGGAAGAGAAACUGAAGCUUCUUUAGGUAUCCCACGGCUCUGAUUUACAGAGGACACUCAACUACCCAAUGAAACGUCCUCCUGUUGUGGAAGGGAGUUAUAUUUAGCAACAGAAACCAGGAAGGAAAACCAAAUUUUGACACCAUGCUGGACUGAUCAAUCUAAAUGUGAGAAAUUCCCAUGAGCCCUAGUUUGAAAUCCUACACAAAGGAGCCAGGUCAUCAUAGAAGUUACAGAAAUGUUGCACAGUGCUAGUUUGCUGAUCGAUGAUAUUGAGGAUAACUCUAAGCUGCGCCGUGGGUUUCCUGUGGCACACAGUAUCUACGGUGUUCCAUGCGUCAUUAACUCUGCCAACUAUGUUUACUUUUUGAGUCUGCAGAAGGUGAUGACCCUUGACCACCCAGAAGCCAUUAAAAUCUUCACACACCAGCUACUUGAACUGCAUCGAGGUCAAGGCUUGGACAUUAAUUGGAGAGAUACAUACACUUGUCCCACAUUGGAAGAUUAUAAGGCCAUGGUGCUACAGAAAACUGGAGGACUCUUUGGACUGGUUGUUGGCCUCAUGCAACUAUUCUCUGAAAAUAAAUCAGACUUCAAGCCUCUUCUUAACACACUGGGGCUUUUGUUCCAAAUACGUGAUGAUUAUGCAAACUUAACAUCUAAUGAAUACAGUGCAAAUAAGGGGUUUUGUGACGAUUUAACAGAGGGAAAGUUUUCAUUCCCUGUUAUUCAUGCCAUCUGGUCACAUCCAGAAAGUACACAAGUGCAGAAUAUUUUGCGACAGCGAACUGAGAAUGUGGAUGUCAAGAAAUACUGUGUGAGUUAUCUUGAAAAGUUGGGUUCUUUUGCUUACACCAGAGAAACGCUCAAAACAUUGGAAUUGGAAGCUUACAAAAGUAUUGACAACUUAGGGGGUAACCCACAGUUAGCAGCUUUAAUUGAUCAACUUAGUGAAAUAUAUCAAAAUACAUAAAAAUGGUUUCCUUUCCUUUUGUUUAUGGAGACCCAUUCCCCUCUUGUACCCCUUUAUGUACAUGCACCUUGUCAUGAGUGCUUUUACUUGAUUUCUCUGUCACUUCUCAUCCUGUCCAGUGCACUCUGAUUUGAGUUCUUGUUCUCUCCUGUGAUUCUUCUUCUAUGACCUGAUACAUUCUACUCUCUCAUCCUUAGCCCUGCAGUAUAUAUCAUUAGUUUAAAAUACAAAAAUUGAUAAACUGGAAGUACUAAGAAUGUUGAGAUUCCAGUUGAAAAUGUAGGCUCUCCACCUUUUUAAAAAAUGAUUAACUCCAGAUGAGCAAAUUUUAGAUGGCAUGAUGGUAAUUUAUCACCCCGGUGUUUCGUCAAGAAUAUAACAAAGAGCAGAAAUACAGUGGUCCAGUCUCGUGAUUGCAUUUUCCAAGCAGCAUAAUUUACAGCCCCACCCUCCCUUACCUUGCCUCUCAUUGUGUUAGAGGCCAGCUCAUCAUUGAGUUCUUGUUGCAUGAGAAUUUCACUGAUCUGAGGAUGCCUAUAAAGACCUAUUACUCUUAAUGCAUAUCUUAAGAAUGGUGAUGGGAGAUGUCAAGACACUGGCUGAGGUCACUUGCAGGUGGGGUCUUGAGGCCUAUGAUGAAGCAGAUAAUCUGAGGUAAUUGCACUGUAUCAUAAGCAUUGGAGAGCAGUAUGUCAUACACUUCCCUACUGCACUGGUUGAGACUACAGGAGUUAUGGUAGAGCUGAAUAACUUAAUGCUUGUUAUUAGAUAACUAGUAUGUAGUUAUAACUUGGCUUUUAAUAUCAAACGAAAGGUGCUAUCUGUACGCAAACUAAUCUCUUCCAUUAUGUUUGUGGUUUAUUUUGAAAAUAAAUUUAAAGUCCUAUUUGA